AUGGAGCCUGUUAUGUAAGAGAUAAUGGCUGAAGUGAAUGGCCGUUAUAAUUUAAGUAACAUUUUGGAUGUGCUCGACAAAUUGAGGAGUAUUAAUUUAUUACUAAAUUAAGGAGCAAAAAGAAUUGACAUUGAUAUGUAUGACAAGGUUUAUAAACAAAUCAUAACAGAAUCGAGAAAUGAUGGAGAUAAAUGGUAUUAAAGAUACAUCCCAUUGAAACCGAAAUAACUUAAAGAGUUAAACAGCCUAAAUUUCUCUUUCGAUGUAAAAACCUCCUGUGAUGAAAAUAACCCAAAUCAAACUAAUAGGAUCUAACCCAGCAAAUUCGACAAAGUCUAAAAAUUUACUAGUCCCACUACAUUUGCAUCUCCGCCAACCUUUGAAACCAGAGCAUCAAGAUUAACCGAUUUUUAAUCUGAUUACCAAAAAGAGUAAUCCUUUCCCAUUUAUUCACUAGAUUAACCAAUCAGAUUUUGCAACAAAUUUCUGACGGAAAGAGACGUUCAGCUUAAAGUGACUAUAUAAAAUCAGAAAAGUAACAUAAGACCAAUAGAACUAUCUCCUCCUUCAAUAUUAACUCAUUGCAAUAACUUAUAUCUGUUGUUCAGAGGAAAAUUAUGCAACAUUAUAGACUUGCCUUUAAUAAAAUUAUAUUCCUUUAUAAUGAACCCGUCAAAUUGUUGUAAGAUGUUGAAAUUUAAGCGGAACCAUCCAAAGUUGCAAAAUUCAGUUUGAAAGAUUCUUUCCAAAUUGAAAAAGAAAUCCAACAGUUUAAACAAAAUCAAACACUAAAAAUAUUAUUCUAUCAUUUUGACAAUUUAGUAAAAUUAUGAAAUUAUAUGUAGAAACAAAACUGGUUGAGGAAAAAGAGAAUUAAAAAUUCCAGAAAUCAAGUGUUACUCAUGAGAAAACACAACUAUCUCUGGAGAGCUUUUAACAAAAUGAGAAAAUAUUCAAUUAAACAUAAAUAAAAUAGACUAAAAAAAGUGUAAGCAGAUCACUUUUAUAGUCUCAAUCAACUAAGAAUAUAUUUUGAAAAAUGGAUCAAUUUUCAUUUAGCAAAAUAAAAUAAAAAUUCUAAAAAUAAAAUAAGUUCUGGAUUGAUUCAAUUAAAAAAUCAAGAAACAUUGAAAGCUUGCUUUAUCAAAUUUAAAUUAUAUUAUCAACAUCGCAGGGAUAAACACUAAAAUAACUUGUUAGCUUAUGGUUUAUAUUAAUAAAAAUUAUAAAAACUGUAUUUCACUGUAUGGAAUAGCCUAGUGAUGAAUCAAUAAAAACGAGAAACUAAUUAAUUUAUUAUGAAAAAGUGUUUUAAAAAAUGGAAAUAAUACCUCCAACUUAAGGAUUUCAAUAGAAAACGAAAAUAAACUGCUGAUAAUCUAUUAAUCUAUUAAAACAAAAGGAAAAUUCUUAGAAUACUAAAAUGUUUUCAUAUUAUAAUCAAGAAUAAAAACAAUUAUAAAAAAUAGUUGAAUGAUGUUUAUCUGUUCCAUUUAUUAAGAAAAGGAUUUAAAGGGUUUGCACUCUACAUCGAAAUAAAAGAGAAGAAAAAAGAGUAAUAAUUUAUUUAAUUAAGAUAAUAUCAGCAGAUUGGGCGAUUUUUACAAAUACUUUACAUAAGCAAACCAUUUAAUAUUUUACAACAAUAUACCAAAGAAUAGAAAAUGAAAAAAGAACUAAACUCCAAGGCUAGAGCCAUUUAUAAAGUCAACAAAUUAAGGAGGUAAUCAACUAUAUAUUAUCCCAAGAUUAACUAAUUUUUGGUUGAAUUGGGCAAAAGAAAAGAAAUUCCAUAGAAAAUAAGAUAUUACUAAUAUCCCGCAAAUCAAAUAGUUUUAAAUUUACUUAUACUUUAAUAAAUAUCGACUUGCAUUUUAAAGAUCGUUAUGGUUAAAGAAUUUAGUCAGAAUAAUGAGAUCUAAACACUAAAAAGAAUUUGUGAAAGAACUCAAAGUAAAUAAGAUUCUAUCAUUUAGUUAAAUAAUAUUAGAUUUAAGUAAGAGAAUAAAUACCCUCUAAAACUCAAACAAAAAGUUAUAAGAGGCCUAAGAAUCAACCUUAUUAAUCACUUAAAAAAACAAUAGUUCUAUAAGUAAUUACUCUCACUUCAUCAACAUAACAUAAUAAAGCAUAUCUUUGAUUGUAUGAAGGUUAGAGCAUAUAAUUAUAGAUAAAAAGUGAUGUAAUUAAAUUUUGUAAACAAAUAGUAAUAAGAGAAGUGUGUAAAGAAGUUUAUUCGGUAAAUAUGUAGCAGGACCAUUUUAUUUCUGGCUUAAUUACAGUUAAAAACAUUCAUAUAAAAGAAAUAUUCGAAAUAAUUUCGACAAAUUGCACGUCAUUAAGAUUUAUUAAAAGUAAAAUUGUUUUUUACAUUAGAGUAUUUAAAAUAUUGAACGAUUACAAAUGGAAAAAGAAAAUAUAAAAAGUUUAAGAUUAAAAAAAUCUUCCAAUUAUAGUUUACAAAUAAAAGGUAAGAUUUUUGAAAUUUUGGAAUGCAAAGCGAUUAUCAAAAGGCAAAAUUGAAAAUUUUUGUGUUACUUUUACAAAUCUACAAUAGAGAAUAUUUUUUAAACAUAUGCAAGUAAUUUAACAUUCAUUGUUUUUAGUUAAUAAAAGUUAGAGAUUUUUAAAAGAAAAAGUAUAUGGCAUAAGGCAGAAUAUUUUACUUAAUGAAAUUUGCUUUCAAUCAAUUAAAUAAAUAUAAAAUGUAACUAAUGGUAAUCUAUUUAUUAGGAAAAAACUCAAAUAGCGAAAUAAUACAGAAAUUAUAAAAAAAAGAUAAUUAUAUCAUCUUAAAUCCAAUAGUUUUAAACACAUGAGAAGAUUAUUUACAUUUGAAUAGAAUGUAGCUUACCUUACAGCUAUCACUGUUUUGUAAAUAAAGAAAAAUUUAUUAUAAAAAUAUUUCAAAGGUUUUAAAGAUCUUAUUGCUAAUAAGAAAAGACCAAGAGAUUAAGUUAUGAAAAUCAAUAAAUUAAGAAAAUGCUUUGCUGGAUGGAAAGUCUUUACUAGUAAAUAAUAAGGAGCAAAACUUAUGAUAUAAGCAAUUUGGGAUAUAUAAAGAGACUAAAAAUUGAAACUUUUUAAAAAAUUAGACGAAAAUAAUAGGAUUGAAAACGCAAAAUUGUAUUACAAACAAAAUUUAAUGAAAAAAGUACUCUUGUAUUGGUUUGAUUCAACUUAAUCAUCUUAAAAGACGAUUUAUCUAACAAAAGUUUUAAAUAAGUUAAGAUUUAAAUAAUUAAAGAAAUAAUUUUUAAAACUUUUACUCAUUAAUAAAAGUGUUUAAGUUAAGCACAAUUCAUUAAAUGUAACGAAAAGAAAAAUUUUGAAAAUGUGGGCAUCCAAACUUUAGAAAUUAAAGAAAUUUUAACGCUUUCUAUUACAAAUGUCUAAUAAGGGAAAGGAUAACAUGAUCUUUUCGAUCUAAGCAAUAAAAGAUAAUAGCAAAGAAAUAGAAAUUUAAGAGAAAUAAUAAAACCUAUUUUUAUUUAAAUACUUUUAAUAAUGGAAAAAACAAUAUCAAAAAUCUCAUUCAUUGAAAACCAUCAUCUUUUCUAUUGAAGAUGCAAUAAAGAAAACAAAAAGUUGCGUUUUAAAUAGAAUGAAGAAAAUGAACAAAGAUAUGAAGGUUUAUCAAUUAUGCUCUAAAAUGCAAAAAUAAAGGAUUUUACAUAAAUGGUUAAAAUAAUUAAAUUAAAUUGGAGGAUUCAACAAACUCCAAAACAUUUUUUAAAAAAAGGAGAAUGAAUAAUUUUAUAAGAAGGCUAGAAAGUUAUUUGUUAUCAAUAAAUAAUUUACUUUAAAUUCUAUUUUAAGUAAGAGUAAAUUAUCUAGGCUAUUUUAGAGAUGGGAUUAUUUAUCAAAAAUGAAUCUAAAAAUCAAGUAGUUUGAAUCUAAGCUUGAAAACAUUUUAAAAAAUAAAAUAUACUACUAACAUUGCUAGAGUGUAUUAUUUUAUCAUUUGUAAAGUUAUUAAAUAAAAUAACUAAAAGGGGAGUUUGCUUUGAAAACUUUCAAUAAAUUAGUACAAAAUAAACAAUAUGCUAUUUUGGGACAUUUAUAAUAAGAUUCAAUUUAUUAUAAUUAUCUUGAAUAAAAGAAUAUUAGAAAACAAAUAAUUUGUUUAACUUUGUGGGCAAAAUUAACUAAUGAAUCUGUCGCUUAUAAAUUUAUUUGUAAAUCAUUAGGAGAAAUUUAUAAAAGAAAUAUGUAUUAUAACCUCAAAAUCAUUAAAUAGUUUGGUGAUAAAAAUUAAACCAUCUUUAAAUAAAUUGAUGACAAAAAAAAAUAGAAAACCCUAUUAUUUUGGUUUUUUUAAAGUUAAAAAAGAAUUGCAGCGAAAAGCAUCUAUAAUAUAUUGGAGUAAAAUUAUGAUUCGAAAUAAAAUAAAAUGUUAUAUGUGGUUAAAUUUAUGGAGAUUUUAUCCUAGAAUCAAAUGAAAACAGAAAAAGCCAAUAAAUAUUAUGAUAUUUUUAAUUCACUUAUCAAAAAGAAAAUGUAAUAAGCUUUUACUAAGGUCUUAAAGUCUAGUAAAUAAUAAUAUUUAAGCAAGUGUAAAAGAAGAAAAUUAUAAAAGCAAUAUCUGAAAUAAUGGAGAAUUAAUAAAGCUGUUAUCACUUUUAAUAAAAUAUUAGGUAUCUCUUAUGAGAGAAAUUUAUCAAAUUAUUUUAACAAAGUAAAAUCCUAAAUUAAAAAUAAAUAAGCAGAAUUGCAUUAUUAAAGUAGAAUAAAAUAUUAACUUCUUUAAAUUUUAUAAUAAGUAAAAAACAACACUAAUAAAAAAUUUUAAUAUUUAUCAUCUAAACAAAACAAUAAUCUUGUGAUUGUAUACUUUUAAAUGUGGAUUAUUAAACUUUUAAAAAGAACGAAUUAAAGAAAAUAAUUUAUGAAAAUCUUCAGAGGGUUUUAUUUAUAUCAUUACAGAACUAUUGGAGCUGAAUUCAUUAAGUAACUAAAACUAGAAAAAAAAUUGUAAAUUUUUAUAUCAAUAUAUAGAUAAAUUAAAAGUGAAUAGGAAUCUUAACACUCUUUGAUGUAUUCAGUCUUUUAGGCAUGGAGAAUGGAGGUGGAUCAAAAAAAAAUGCUAAAAAAAUACCUCUAGCAAUGUUCUGUAGAAGAAAAAAGAGGCAAAAGCAUUCCAAAGAAUAUGCCAUAUUGA